AUGCCUCUCCUCCCCCCAACCCACCCAUCCCUCACGCACCUGCGCAGCUUCAGCAGCACCUGCACGCAGCUCGCAAAAUCCACCAAGCAGCGGCUAAAAUUCGAGCACGCCGCCGUACCCCCCUACCCCUACGGGCCCUCGGCCAUCUACAAGCAAUCGAACUUCGGGCUGUACGGCACGGCCAAGAUCCGGUACGGCAACAUGGUAUCGGAGAAGAACGAGAUCAAGACCCGGCGGUACUGGCGCCCGAACGUGCAUUUCAAGCGGCUGUGGAGCGAGGCGCUGGAGCAGUUUGUCCGUAUUAGGAUUACGACGCAGGUGCUGCGCACGGUGGAUAAAUGCGGCGGGCUGGAUGAGUAUUUGCUGGGGGAGAAGGCACAGCGCAUUAAGGAGCUGGGGAUGGGGGGGUGGAAGUUGAGGUGGCGGAUUAUGCAGACGGAGAGGGUCAAAGAGCGCUAUAGGAAGCAGAGGGAGGCGUUGGGACUGCCUGCGCUGCCGGCGGAUAGCGUGGCGCCGUUUGCUAGUGAGGAGGUUGUGGAGAGUUUUAUUAGGGAGUAUGAUGCUGAGUUGGCGAAGGAUGUGGAGGUUGGUAUUGGGGAAGGGAUGGAGGGAGAGGGGGAGAUGCUUGAGGAAGAGGUGGUGGGAGAUGCGUUUAUGGAGGAGCAGCCUGCGAGACGGUCGAUGAAGGACGGGAAGUGUGUGGAAGUGAUUUUCCACUUUAAGGCUGUUCCAAUUGCACGAAAGAUGCAACAAAAAGGGACCUGA